CAUACGUCAUGAAGGAACAGUUUUGCGCUCUCUCGUAGCCUACCAGAGUCGGAAGACAAUAAUUAAUUUUAGUCGUACAUCUACAGCCGAUGCAGUAGUUAGUUCACUGUUCUCUUAAUAAAAAUAGUAUACCAUACGACGUCUACAACUAACAGUGUGGUCCCGUCUCUAAGUGAAAAUUUGACAUAGUUUAAAAAAUCCUAACAAAAUAUGCAACGUGAUAUGGACUACGAUGAUGUCUAUGUGGACGUACGUUCGCUGCCGCUCAAGCCGCCGCAACCGCAGCUGCCUCCGGAACGAGCGGUUCGUCGGCCCUGGCAUCCUGUCAUGUGGGACAGCUCUAUUAUCGGUAUACCACCACCAGACGUCCCGGUAAACGACGAGUCUCAGCCCAAGUCUCGCGAGUACCCUCAUAAGCAACGCAUACGGAACUUGCGGCGACUCAUCGCUGAAGGAAAAGUGAACCCCACACCUGAAACACUAAUUUUCUUCCUCUGCAACAAGUUUGCUAUUUCGGACGAACGAAAAAUAAAGAGCAAGCCGUGAUAUUAAUGUAAUCAAUUAUAUUAUUCGUAUAUUGUUUUGUGAGUGUGGGUUUGUAAAUAUAUAAAAAAAAAAUCUAUUAAAAAUCUAACUUCGUAACUUUAAUGUUAUAUCGAUUUAUUUACAAUAUUUUUUUAUAUUAUAAUUAUCAUUAUAAGAAAUGCAAAUCAUUGCAACGGGUACCCUCUCUCUUAUGCAAAAAAAAAAAA